GCUAGGGAGGAGUUGAGCCACCUAUUUAAAUCACCCUUGCAGCAGCUCUGAACCAUAAAGACAUUCAUCCUAUCCUGAUAUUGCGACUAUACCUCAUAGGAUUACAUCCAGAGAAUCACUUACAAUGGAUUUCUACAAUAAACGUUUGUCCACAACCUCUACAUUUUUCAUCUUUCUCUUUUCAAUGCUGAAUCAGUGGACAGGAGUGGAAGGCUGGUCCUACAAUUACUCAGACACUACCAUGGACUGGGCAACAGCCCGAGAUUGGUGUAGGAACCACUACACAGACAUGGUGGCCAUUCAAAACCAUGGUGAGAUUGAACACCUCAAUAACAUACUCCCCAAGGUGGCAGGAUACUACUGGAUUGGUAUUCGCAAAAUCAACAAUAUCUGGACCUGGGUGGGAACCAAGAAGCAUCUGACAGCAGAGGCUGAGAACUGGGCCCAAGGGGAGCCAAAUAAUGGACGCAACAAUGAGGACUGUGUGGAAAUCUACAUCAAGAGAGACAAGGACAUGGGCAAGUGGAAUGAUGAGUCCUGCCAAAAGAAGAAGACUGCACUAUGUUACACUGCGUCCUGUAAGAAAGACUCCUGUAGUUCUUAUGGGGAGUGUGUUGAGACCAUCAACAGCCACAGGUGUAACUGUUUUGAGGGCUUUUAUGGAGUCAAGUGUGAACAUGUUGUCAAAUGUGACGCAAAGGAAAUCUCUGAUCCUGAGCAUGGCAGUGUCCAAUGCCACCACCCUAAUGGAGAUUUCUCAUACAAAUCUGAAUGCGAGUAUUCCUGUGAUGAGGGCUACCAGUUAGUCGGUGCAAAAACAACACAGUGUGGUGGUACUCAAGCAUGGUCCAACAAACCUCCAACCUGUGAAUUAAUCCAGUGCUUUGGGCUGAAUAUGACACUUCAUGGAACUAUACAGUGCAAUCAUCCGCUAGGAAACUUCAGCUAUCUGUCCUCGUGUGAGUUUAGCUGUGAGGAAGGGUAUACACUAACAGGUUCCAGCUCCAGCUGGCUGAUGUGUAACGCAUCUGGGCGCUGGAAUGACUCACAGCCCACCUGUGAAGCUGUCCGCUGUCCCAUUCUUGAGGAGCCAAUGGAUGGGAAAAUGAGCUGCAGUGGUGAUAGUUAUGGGAGCCGGUGCACAUUCAGCUGUAAUGUUGGGUUCCGACUUUUGGGCGUGUCAGAGCUCACAUGCACCAAAACUGCUCAGUGGAGCCAGGAGACACCAUCCUGUAAAGCUGUGCAGUGCCCUGCUCUCCAGACUCCACAGGAUGGCAGAGUGUCCUGUAAAGACCAGACUCUCAGUGUAGGCUCUGUAUGCAGCUUCACUUGUGCCGAGGGCUUCAUCCUGGAGGGUGCAUCAAGCACAGUGUGUACAGAGACAGGAGAAUGGAGCACAGCUGUCCCCAGCUGCACAGCUGUCCGCUGUCCCAUUCUUGAGGAGCCAAUGGAUGGGAAAAUGAGCUGCAGUGGUGAUAGUUAUGGGAGCCGGUGCACAUUCAGCUGUAAUGUUGGGUUCCGACUUUUGGGCGUGUCAGAGCUCACAUGCACCAAAACUGCUCAGUGGAGCCAGGAGACACCAUCCUGUAAAGCUGUGCAGUGCCCUGCUCUCCAGACUCCACAGGAUGGCAGAGUGUCCUGUAAAGACCAGACUCUCAGUGUAGGCUCUGUAUGCAGCUUCACUUGUGCCGAGGGCUUCAUCCUGGAGGGUGCAUCAAGCACAGUGUGUACAGAGACAGGAGAAUGGAGCACAGCUGUCCCCAGCUGCACAGCAGUGAGAUGCCCUUACCUCCAGGAGCCAAUCAACGGCCUCAUCAACUGUUCUUCAGAGGAGGCUGUCUUCAGCACUUCCUGUUCCUUCAGCUGUCUCAAUGGCUAUCAGCUUCAUGGUCACAAGAUGGUGAUGUGCAGCCUUAAUGGCAACUGGACUGGAGAGGUGCCUGAGUGCCAAGCUCAUCCUGUGUCCUUCCAGCCAUCUUUGGUGUCUGGCCUGACCAUGGGUGUAGGAGGCACUGCUGCAUUUUCCAGCCUUGCUUUUGCUUUCUGGAUACUGAAGAGACUCAGAAAGUUGAAAGCUAAAAAGUUUGACGUCAGGUCAGUAUUGAUUUCUUUUCCGACAUAUUUACAGAAUGUUUAUCUUCAUGUGUGUCGAAUGUUCUGGUUGUGUUAUGAGGCUGACCUGUCUUACGUUUAUUUUUUGCAGUAAUUCAGACAUUGAUGUACCACCCCAGGUAUACAAAAAUAGCACUGACAGUCUCAUCUAGACAUAAGUGACUACAAGCUAUAUCUAGGUGAGUUUACAAUAUUUCUUUUAUAACAGUAGUAAUACUCAGAGUACUAAACUGUGUUUGUCACAAUCUAGGGUUAUUGUGAUUAUUCAGUUAUUCUAUUAUUUACUGCUUGAAGCUCAUAUUAUACUAAAUUGGAUUCUGUUAAGUCUGAUUCAAAACCUUUUUAGAGUCUUUUCAGAGUCUUUAUUGUUUUCUUCACACAGGUCUCUACUGAUACUGCAUUGUGGACACAGCAAUUUCUACUGUAGAGUGAAUGAAUGUACUCCUAGUUCUAUUAAAUUUUAUCUAUAGUGCACUUUUAAAAAUGGACAGUGUCACAGAGCAGCUGUACAUAAAUCCGAUCAUGGAUUUAGAUUUAGAUCCGUAAUGAGCAGACCAGAGGCAACGAUGGUGAGGAAAAACUCCCUGAGACAACGUGAGGAAGAAACCUCGAGGGGAACCAGACUGAAAAGGGAACCUCAUCUGGGUGACACCGGAUAGUGCGAUUAUAAAUCAUUACUCUUCCAUAACUCUAUAGUAUAGAGUCAAACAGUGCUAAGUGUGUUGAAAGGAUCUUCAGUACGAGCAUCAGAGUAAUUGUUUUUUAUUUCAUCAGCGUUUUAGCUUUAAGUCUAUAAUAACGUGUGAGGUUAUCCACUGAAUAAUGAAUGAGACUUGAAUGCAGACUGUUUUCAGUAAGUAUGAUCUUAGGCUGUCCAAGUGACACCAGCCACAGCCAUCUUUAGGGUAUGUGUGUGGUACCAGCCACAGUCAUCUCACAGCAAUCUUUAGCCUAGCCAUGAGGGGCCAUCCUCAGCAGCAGCGAGUGAUUCUCAGGUGAAGGAACUAGGUAUGCUCUGUGCACUGAGUGCAAGCAGAGACUAGCUUUGACAGCAUAACUAAGAGAGAGAGCCAGUUAAAUGAACUGAGGUUGAUCCUCAGUCCUCUGUAGAACAGCUAAAUAAAUGGACAUAACUGGACAUUAUUAGUUACUUAAUAUAUUGUCUACUUUCCAGUGGAAGUAUUUAUUAUGUAAUUUAUUGAGCAUAUUGUUCUAUGCUGUUUGUGCUAUUUAUGAAUUUGAACAAUAGCUAUAUGUUGUUAUGUACUGUACAUACAUUUUUCUUUUAUUAUUUUACAUUUGUGAAUAUAUUUACAGUGGUUAUUUUGGUUAUUGUAGCUCAUUUCUUUGUCCUAUUAAAAUGUGAAUUGUCAAUAAAUGUUAAUGAGCA